GUCUAAACAUAUUCAUUCUGUCAUUUCAAGAAUUUUGUUUGAUUUUUGUUUUGAUAUUUAUUGCUAGAAAAACAAAAUGACAUAAAUCAUGAGCAGCUGAGGAAGAGGGGGGGGGAGACUGGAGGGUUCCCCCUCGGUAAAAAACGGGACCCCUCGCCGGGCCCUUGGAAUCGUCCUGCUUUCUAGAAAGCUUUGCUUAAAAGAAUUUGAGAUUAUUUGGAUGCUAGAGACGAAAAAUGCACCCAGAAAAUCCAAUUGACAGAAAUACAUUUCCUAAAAAUGUUGACAUCGAUGUAUUUUUAUGUCUAAGGUUUAUUUCCCCAUGUGCACCUGGAAGUUGGAACAUUUUAAUUGAAAUAGUCUGUGAUGUCAACCAGCGAACUUUGUAAAUGUUCUCGACAGGCACACACAGUGAGGGGGAAUGUGCAAGUCUGUUUGCCCAUGUGAAUCACCGCACCCUUGCAAACGAGACGAUUACUAAUUCAGCACUGACUGUAUAAUUGGACCGACAGGGGAACACCAACGCGUUCUGCCUCUAUAUAAAAGUGAAGAUCAUUGCAGGUGAAAAAACAGAGGCUCUCUUAGGUGAUUCCAACAGUGAACAACCGAGAUGGCCACAUAUCUGUCCUUACUGCUGCUGUUUGCAUGUGCCUCCACAGGCUCUUCAGAUCCAAAUAGCUGUAGGGGUCGUUGUGGAGAAGGCUACUACAGAGGAAGUUUGUGCCAGUGUGACUACGAGUGUCUGAGCUUAAAUGAGUGCUGUACAGACUUUGCGCAGUUGUGUACUACAAAGGACUCAUGCAAAGGACGCUGUGGGGAGCCUUUUCAUAGGGGCAAUCCAUGUCACUGUGAUAUUGACUGUUUCUCAUUCAAUCAGUGCUGCCCUGAUUAUGAGAACAUGUGCUUGGUGGAAGAUACUGCCUUAAAACCAAGAAAAACUGCCACCGCAGCUCAAAGGACUGCUAACUUAUGCCUAAACAUAAAGAAUAAAAAAUCUACAGAAACCUCUAAUGAGGAGAUGACCAAUGAUGAAGGGAUGGGAGAAGAGUUAACAAUCCCUGAGGAUGAAAAUGCAAGCAGCAUGCUCCCUGCUGAUGAGAACCCAACAGAAGGUCCAUCAAGCACAGCACCAACAGAGGGUCCUACUAGCACAGCACCAACAGAAGGUCCAUCAAGAACAGAACCAACAGAGGGUCCUACUAGCACAGCACCAACAGAAGGUCCAUCAAGCGCAGAACCAACAGAAGGUCCUCCGAGCACAGCACCAACAGAAAUUCCAUUAAGCGCAGAACCAACAGAGGGUCCGUCAAGUGCAGAACCAACAGAAGGUCCUCCAAGCACAGCACCAACAGAAAUUCCAUUAAGCGCAGAACCAACAGAGGGUCCGUCAAGUGCAGAACCAACAGAAGGUCCUCCAAGCACAGCACCAACAGAAAUUCCAUUAAGCGCAGAACCAACAGAGGGUCCGUCAAGUGCAGAACCAACAGAAGGUCCUCCAAGCACAGCACCAACAGAAGUUCCAUUAAGCACAGAACCAACAGAAGUUCCAUUAAGCGCAGCACCAACAGAGGGUCCUACUAGCACAGCACCAACAGAAGGUCCAUCAAGCGCAGAAACAACUGAAGUUCCAUCAAGCGCGGAACCAACAGAAGGUCCUCCGAGCACAGCACCAACAGAAGCUCCAUUAAACGUAGAACCAACAGAGGGUCCAUCAAGCGCAGCACAAACAGAAGGUUCUCCAAGCACAGCACCAACAGAAGGUCCAUCAAGCGCAGCACCAACAGAAGGUCCAUCAAACUCAGAACCAACAGAAGGUCCUUCAAGCUCAAUGCCAACAGAGAGUCCUACUAGCACCGCACCAACAGAAGUUACUUCAAGUGCAGUACCAACAGAACAUUCCGUCACUGAAAUGACUACCAAGGCACAGAAUGAAGACCCAAAGGAAUUAUCUCACAAGGAUCCUAAAGCUACCCCUGUCCCAAAGAAGACGCCAUCCGCUCCUGCUCCAGUGAAACCAACAAUAAAACCCAUUAAACCUAGCAUAGACAAGAAUGACAAAUCCGAACCAAAAGAACCUCUCAAGGAUCCUAGUGGCAUUGUUCCAGUCAAACCAGCGGAAAAACCUCUUAACCCUAGCUCAGACAAGAAUGGCAAAACAGAUAGUAUUAAAGAUUAUCAAGCUGAUGAUUAUGACACUAACCUCUGCAGUGGGCGUCCAGUCAGUGGUUUGACUACUCUCAGAAAUGGUACCAUUGUGGUGUUCAGAGGACAUUAUUUUUGGACACUGGACAAACAGAGAAAUCCUGAUCCUCCUCAGUUAAUUAAAAAGGUGUGGGGAAUCCCAUCUCCCAUCGACACGGUUUACACCCGCUGCAACUGCCAGGGCAAAACCUACUUCUUCAAGGGAAGGAACUACUGGAGGUUUGAGAACGGUAUGAUGGAUCCUGGCUUUCCCAAAUCCAUCAGCCAGGGCUUCGGACAGAUUGGCCAUAUCACAGCUGCUUUAUCUAUACCAGAGUACAGAAGCAGAAAAGAGUCUGUAAUCUUCUUCAAAAGAGGUGGAAUAGCACAAAAGUACACAUACCAGGUUACUCCAAACUGUGGGAAAAAGCCAAGAAUUCCUGUCUUUACAGUGAGGACGAGAGCCAGACGACAAGCUGGUGCAGCUCUGGGGCAAGUGAUCAGUAUCUCAAAGACCUGGAGAGGAUUUCCGACCAUGGUGACCUCAGCCGUGUCUGUUCCCUCAAGGGUGAAAGAGGGAUACAAGUAUUACGUAUUCUCUCAAAACAAAUAUUACAGCAUGAAAAUGGAAAGAGAAAAACCAGUGAUCCUAAAACCUGUUAUUGGUCCAAAGGAAAACUCCGCAACCAGCUUCUUUAAAUGCCCAGAAACCCAGAAAAACUGAGUCAUUCAUGUCUUUC